CUCACUGCACAGUCCUUGCGCACACAAAUGGAGAGGGAACCAGCAGAAGACAUCCCUGAACGGCGAGUUUAGCCACAUUCCAAUGCACAGAAUUAUUUUUCAUGUCCGGGUCCCUGUCCCCACCCUUUGAAAAGCUGUGAGGAAGGUCUAAUGCCGCCUGGCCGCAUGUGUGUCUGUGAGGUUUAUCUCCCCACCGUCCAUUUUGGGUGCCUUGGCUGUGUGAUGUAAAGUCACGAAAUGGCAGAGAGUGGAACAAAUGGGGAAAGAAGAAGAGAGGAUAAAGGGAGAGGAGGUGGUGGACCUCUGCAGGAGCAGGCUCCUGGCCUCGCCCCCGUCGCUGGGACCAAGAGGCAUCUCCCUCGAGGGAUUGUGAUCCAGCUGACUGGGACAGAAGGAGAAUGGGACAGCCUGGACGACAGUGAGCUUAUCUUCUCCCUUGACCGCGAUGACGACUACCCCUCUAUAUCUCUCUCCAGGGAGAGGCAGCUUUCUGUUGAGGAUGACAGAAAGUUGCAGUCCCAGGCCUUCCACGUCCCCCUUUCCCCCUCGUCUCCUGGCUCUCUGGGCAACUGCUCCGCCACUGGCCCCAGCUUCCUCUCCCCAGGCCCUCCUUCACCCACCCACCGACCUCUUUCAAGCCUGGUCAAGUCUCUCUCCACAGAGCUGGAGCUCAAGGAAGGCUCCACCCUCAGACCGAAACCAUUUCUCAGCCUCGUAAAGUCGAUCUCCACCGAGAUCUCCCGCUCAGAACCCGAGGUGUCGCAGUCAAAGUCGGACUCCCGCCUCAACCUUCACCUGUGGAAGCAGCUUACCCAAUCCAAAACCCGCAGCAAUGGGGACUCUCGCACUGCGCCCCCUUCCCCUAGCGCAAUCUCCCCAAGUGGAGAGGGAAGAGGGGGCUUCUUCAAAAUGGAGCUGGAGGACACCAAGAGGAAGCUGUCGGAGGCCGUGCAGGAGCCUCUGAGCAGCAUGUUCAGUAAGAUCAGGAGGGAGGAGAGCGUAGGCAGCCCCAAACUCCAGUGUAAGAGCCAGGGGGCUCAUCAAGCCAGCUCCAGAGGCUUGGGCCGUGAAAGUAGCACAGACACGGUUCUCUCUGAGUCUCCUGUAAGGAACACUAGGAAAACGGACGCUGAUAUUUUGCCCGUGUUUGACUGGCCUUCUGUUAGACAUCCUGGGAGAAGCCAGCGUGGCCCCUGCCCCUUGCAUCACAACAGACACCACCGAAGGGACGAGGAGCUGGAAAUAUGUACCGAUGGUGACGUGAUGCAAGUAUUAGCCACAGAGACUCCCAGGCAGACGAGGACAUCACCCACCUUUGCAGCACCACGGGUUAGGUCAGCUCCCCUUUCUCAGCCACCUCAUCCUCUGCCACGCAUGAGUUUAUUCUGUGUGGCAGUGCUGUCCUAUGGCUAUUUCAUCCUACCUCUCAGUCCAUACUUCUCUGGCCUGGCUCUGGGAUUAGCGUUUGGCUUCCUCCUAGGACUGUUGCUCAUUAGGAUGGCUUCCCCCAGGUCUCGUUGCUCUGCUCCACCAUACAGACCAGCACAGACUCUGUUGGGAGAGGGGAUUCUAACAGGUGGCACUGCCUGCACUGAGCCUGACACCCUCAAGGGCUGGAUGAAUGAGAUACAUGAUUACGACCCAGAAACCUGCCAUCCAGCAAUGACUCACUCGGUGUUUGCCACCCUGGAGGGCUCCUGUCUCCGUCUGGACUCCCCGCGUAACAACAUCAGCCGCAGGGCUGCGUACGAUGAGAGAAUACAGGAGGCUGCCUUUGUCAAGUCCCGCUGCUUUCAGCUUGCAAAGAGCAAAGUAUUCCUGCUGCCAUCUGUGUUGGCUCGGAAGAGGAUGUGGAACCCAAAGUAUCCCAUCUGCAUCCAACUGGCGCAAGGAGCGAACUCCCAGGAGGAUGAGGGAGAAAGGUCGGAGGAGAGUUGGGGAGAGGAACAGGGAGCCGAACCUGCAAGUCCAAAACAAAGCUCCUUCAAACACGACGUUCCCACCACUCUUUACCUCUUCGGCCGCACAGGCAGAGAGAAAGAAGAGUGGUUUCGUCAUUUCCUGCUUGUGUCCAUGGAUACAGAGAGGGAGAAGGAGAGGGACAGACAGAAGCCUGGCAGAUGUGUGUUCAGAUCGGGUGAUCCAGCACCGGCACAGAGUGUUAGUGUCCAAGGAAACGUCCCGACCAGCAGAGGCUCCAGCAGAGUGGGCAGCAGUGACGACGACGCCCCCUUCGCACCUCCGGUCCCCUGCAUCCCUGCAGCUCCUGUCGGUCAGACCUCCAGUAGCACCAGAGGCCUUUCCCUGCUAGACUAUCCCGGCUACAUGGCUCGCCUUCUGGCCACAGAGGAGUUGACCCCCCUCUCCAGUCCUGGAGCCAGCAGCACAGAGACAAGCCCCACCAUCAAAGGGAAUUGUACCUGUGAUCUAGCCGAGCAACCUGGGACGAGCCAGACUGCGUGGGCUAAUGCUCUAAUUGGUCGAAUCUUCUGGGACUUCCUGCGAGAGAAGCACUGGGCCGAUGUGGUUUCCUGCAAGAUCCAAAAGAAGCUGAGCAAAAUCAGACUGCCUUACUUUAUGAAUGAGCUGACUCUGACUGAGUUGGAUAUGGGCUGCUCUAUGCCACAAAUCACCACUACCUCCAGACCAGAGGUCAACCACAGAGGCCUGUGGGUGGAGCUGCAGCUGGUCUACACCGGUGCCCUGCAGAUGACCCUGCAGACUAAGUUCAAUCUGUCCAAGCUGGGUAAAGAGGGCGGUCACGAAGCAGACUGUACGACUGAAACCGGUAGCCCACGCUGCAGGCCCAUCUUCAGCGUGUUGGCGGACAGUGAUGAGGAGUCCUCCAGCGCUGGUUCAUCUGAUGAGGAGGAGCUGCUUCUCUCUGAGCCUCAGGGUCCAGUGGGAGAUAAGGGAUCCACACCAGCUACUGAUGGGACAGGGGGCGGAAAGACUGGAAGGAAGAUUUUGAGAUUUGUGGACAAAAUCGCUAAAUCCAAGUAUUUCCAGAAGGCGACAGAGAACGAGUUCAUUAAAAAGAAGUUUGAGGAGAUGUCCAACACGCCCCUGCUGCUCACAGUGGAGGUUCAAGAGCUGACAGGGACUUUAGUCGUCAACAUCCCGGCGCCCCCUACAGACAGGAUAUGGUACAGCUUCUGUGUGCCCCCCAAGCUGGACCUGCAUGUCCGUCCCAAACUAGGAGAGAGGGAGGUGACUUUUUGUCAUGUGACCGAGUGGAUUGAAAAGAAACUGCAGGACGAGUUCCAGAAAGUGUUUGUAUUGCCAAACAUGGAUGACAUCUACUUACCCCUGAUGCACUCUGGGGUCGACAGCCCUCAAGCCUCCCAGCACCUGUUCUCUCAGUCCCAACGGUCUCAGAGCUCCUCCACAGAAUCCAUAGAGAGGAUCCCAGCUGAGGUCUCUGGGGCAGAGUCUGACUAGUGCCUCAUGACGAUGAUCUUAUUUACAGAGAGGAAAAGGGGAAGAAACAGAAGAACGAGAACAUGAAGUUCGAAAGGUCUGACGUUUAACGCUGUGGGUGGCAGAUGGAGAGUUUGUAACAGAUUACUGUACAACAAAGUGAUACCUUUUCAAAUGUUUACAUGUGAAUGAUCCCUAUGAGAUUAUAUAUAAAUAUAUGUUUUUGCUGCUUUGACAAUUACAGAUCACUUUGGACAUAAGAUGAUGGACAUUAUUAAAUAAAAGUUAGAAAACA